ACAAGUUUAAAUAACUUAUUGAUAAAAUAAUGGAAUUCAAGUAUUAUUAUGAUAUUAAACUAAGUGCACUUUAUACUAAACAAAGAGAAAGCAGAUUAAAAUUAAAGAAAAAAAAUCAUAAGAAAAGAAAAAGUAGAAUUGAUGAUGAUGAUGAUGAUGAUGAUUAUACUAGUGAUUAUAAAUAUGAAGAAGCAAGUAAUUAUGUUCCCUUAAAGAGAUCUUCUAGACUCAAUGCCAGAAAGAAAGUGGUAUCAUGUUUUUAUUUAAUUUUAGCAUAUUGAUAAAGAGGACUAUAUUGAUAUAUGUAUUAGAACCAAAAAAGGACCAUUAUUUAAUAUCAUUAGAGAUGAAUUUGAAAUCUAAUAGGAUAAUGAAGAAGUAAAUCCUUUAUUAAUAUAUUAUCUAGUAAUAAUCUUCUAACAAUUAUAACUAAUAAUAUAUCUAUGAUUAUUAAGGAACAAAUAGUCCUAAUAAUAAUUAAAUGACACCAGCUUUUCCUGUGUUGACUCCUAGACAAAUAUUCUUUCAAAAACCUAUCAACUAAUAUUAAGAAGAAUAAGGUCUUUAAGAUGACAAUGUCUUGAGCAAAUCUAAUUUUGUUCCUAUAGUUAUAACAAAACCUUGUUCUUAAUGCAGAGAAAAAACAUUAGAUACUAUUGCUUAACAACUACAACAAAGAAUUAGUAUGAAUUAUAUCAAUUUUAGAUGCCAAUGCUGAUAAAUAUAUCUAUAAUUAAUAAGCUACUUAAGAUUCAGAUUUGGAAAUCAAUAUAGGAGAUCCAUUUGAAAGUUAAAAAGAUUAUAAAUCACCUACCAGUAAAUUUGGUAUUGGAGGCUAUAGUCCAAGUGCUUUUAGAAAAUAUAAAAAAGAUUAGGAAACUGGCUUAGUUAAUUUCAUGGUUACACCUCAUAAUUAUAAAUGA